AUGUUAGUCCCAAAACAAGAACCUCAAGUUCUUCCUGAAAAUCAUCCACCCCCAGUGUUAGUCCCAACGCAAGAACCCCAAGUUCUUCUUGAAAAUGAUCUACCCCCAGUGUUAGUCCCAAAACAAGAACCCCAAAUUCUUCCAGAAAAUGAUCCACCCCCAGUGUUAGUCCCAAAACAAGAACCCCAAAUUCUUCCUGAAAAUGAUCUACCCCCAGUGUUAGUCCCAAAACAAGAACCCCAAUUUUUUCCUAAAAAUGAUCCACCCCCAAUGUUAGUUCCAAAACAUGAACCCCAAGUUCUUCCAGAAAAUGAUUCACACCCAAUGUUAAUCCCAAAACAAGAACUCCAAGUUCUUCCAGAAAAUAAUUCACCCCCACUCUUAGUCCCAAAACAAGAGCCCCAAGUUCAUCCAGAAAAUAAUUCACCCCAGGUUGAUAUGGAUAGUCAAAAUCAUUCUAGCCGUGUUCUUGGCUCAACCAUGAAGCCAAACAGCUCUAAAUCAGGUGAGCCGAAGCCGAAAAAAAUCAAACGAAAAAAUCCUAUUGCCAAGAAAACCAAUGAAACUCAAACUAAACCCCCACAUCCAGUUGAGCACAAAUGCUUUCAGUGUCACAAGUUAUUUCAAAGUGGAAAUGCCUUGGGAGGGCACAUGAGUUCCCAUGCAAAGAGAAGGAAAAUGGAAGCAAUGCGAUAUAUUUCCAAACAAUUCGCCUUAGGCAACUCAUUUUUUGACUUUAUUGACAGUCUUGGGUUCGAAGAUCUUUCAAGUCCUUGUGCCAACCAUUACGGCCGCCGUUACAAAGUACUCCAUGGCAGCACCAGCCAAUGUGCGUGA